AUGGGAUCCCUUGCUAAACCUCAUGCAGUGUGCAUACCCUUUCCAGCACAAGGCCACAUUAAUCCCAUGCUAAAACUAGCCAAGAUCCUCCAUUCCAAAGGAUUCCAUAUCACCUUCGUCAACACCGAAUUCAACCACCAACGCCUCCUCAAGUCACAGGGCUCAGCCACCCUCAGCCACCACCCUUCCUUCAAAUUUGAGACCAUUCCUGAUGGCCUUCCGCCACCGGAAAAUCUAGAUGCCACCCAAGACAUUCCCUCUUUAUGCAAGUCCACCUCUGAAACGUCUCUUGAACCUUUCAAGAAGCUUCUCUAUAAACUCAAUGAUACCCCGACCACACCUCCAGUGAGCUGUAUAGUUUCUGAUGGUGUAAUGAGCUUCACACUUGAUGCAGCCGAUGAAUUGGGAAUACCAGAUGUUUUGUUUUGGACGACUAGUGCUUGUGGCUUUUUGGCCUAUGUACACUAUAGCACUCUCAGAGAAAAGGGAUUCAUUCCACUAAAAGAUCCUGCCGACUUAACAAAUGGGUACUUGGAUACAGUCGUUGAGUGCAUACCUAGCAUGAAAGGCACACGACUGAAAGAUAUGCCAACUUUCCUUAGAACUACAGAUCCACACGAUAUCAUGGUCAACUUUGUUAUUCGAGAAACCACAAGAGCCAAACGAGCUUCGGCGAUCAUACUCAACACUUUCGAGGACCUAGAGCACGACGUGUUAAAGGAGCUCUCUUCGAUCUAUCCUCGUGUGUACUCAAUCGGGCCUUUACAUACCCUCGAAAACAAUUUAAAGCACAAGGAUUUGGAGUUAUUGGGUUCAAGUCUCUGGAAAGAAGAGGCCGAAUGUCUGGAAUGGCUGGACUCCAAAGAAUCUAAUUCGGUUGUUUACGUGAAUUUUGGAAGCAUAGCCGUGAUGACACCCCAGCAACUAGUUGAGUUUUCAUGGGGACUUGCCAACAGUAAUCAGACCUUUUUGUGGGUUAUCCGACCAGACCUUGUGUCCGGAGACUCCCCCAUGCUGCCACCGGAGUUCCUAGAUGCGACGAGUGGCAGGGGGUUGUUGGCAAGUUGGUGUCCUCAAGAAAAAGUUCUAAAUCACCCAUCAAUUGGAGGAUUUCUGACGCAUAGUGGAUGGAACUCUACCUUGGAGAGUAUAUCGAGUGGAGUUCCGAUGAUAUGCUGGCCAUUCUUUGCUGAACAACAGACAAAUUGCUGGUAUAGCUGUAAUCAAUGGGGCAUUGGGAUGGAGAUAGAUAGUGCUGUCGACAGAAGACAGGUUGAAAAGCUUGUGAAUUUUUUAAUGGAUGAAGAAAAAGGUAAAGAUAUGAAGAAAAUGGCUGAAGUUUGGAAGGUAAAGGCUGAAUCCAUGUCAUCUUUGUUGAACAUAGACAACUUGAUCAGGGAAGUGCUACUUCGAUCUUAGGGUUCGGGUGCCUGGAACAUGCAAUUGAUUUAUGUGUUUCAAAGUUGUACAACGCAGGCAUUGACGUCUUCACAUUCACGACGAUUGUAUUAUGUUACUUGAUUAACUACUUUGUAUUAGUAUUACUAUCAUCCUAUAUAGUUUCUCACAUAUUAAUAAA